AUGGAAGGUGAAGAUAGCUUUGGACGUACUGAAGAGUUUUCAAAUAUUGAAUUAGAUAUUGAUGAUUGGAUUAACAUAGUAGAUGAACUAUUAAGGCAAACAGCUGGUUAUCAGAAUGAACUUGACUGUAUUGAAUUACAUAGUAAUGAGGAUUUGACUAAUGCAACGGAUGAACCAGCAGCUGAGCAAACAAUUAUUAGUUAG